UCCGGGAAACACGCCGCACCAGUAGGAAUAGUGGCUGUCCCUGCUAGGGUCGAGAUGGUGGAGACACCCUCACCAUCUCGAGAGAUGGCCCAAGCUACUGACUCCAGCGUCGUCCCGCAAGCACAUUCAGACCAAUCGAGCCUCUGUUCGAUGAAUGUGUUUAAGUCCUUAGAGGAGCUAGAGGUGGAGUGGUCUAGAGCAGACCCGCUAGCUUCUUGGACGGCACUAGUCAAAGCCCCGAAGGGUGAGAUGUUCGUCAGCGAGGUUGUCAUUGGCGACCGCAAGGCCGGGGCCUAUUGUGACACUUACUCGACACGGAACUUUAUUAGUUGCAAGUGCGUUGAGAGACUGCGCUUACAGGGGCGAGUGCAGUGCCUGAGUCGACCUGUGGAGUCGACCUGUGCCAACAAACGGCGCAUGGUAGUUAACGACUACCUCCAGGAUGUAGAGUGUUGUUUCCCGUACGCGGGAGGGAACUUGAGACAUCGUGUCUCGUUCCUGGUAAGUGACGAGCUCCCAAUGGACAUGUUACUAGGUAUGUACUACCUCUCUGUAGCACAGCCCCAGUUUGACUGGGACCGAAAAGUGGUCAAACACAACUUGCCAGGCGAAGGGACCGCCACAUUACAUAAGUUCAAAGCUAGUAGUCUGAUUGAGUCUUAUGGGUGCAUGUGUGCGGCCGCGUUCUACAAUUAUUAUAAGCAAAAUCAGGAGGAGGGUAUGUAUUUAGUCUAUGUCUCUGCUGCAGGCGAGCCGGUGAAAAUGCCGCCUGAGAUAGAGGGAGUAGUUGCUAAGUACCCUGAUCUAUUUGAAGAGCCAACAGGGGUUGUUGAGAGGGAGGUCGUCCACGCGAUAGAGAUUAUCCCACGGUCUAGUAUUCCGAAGGGUAGGAUCUAUCGGAUGUCUCCAGGCGAGCUUGAUGAGCUUCGCCGCCAACUCAAGGAACUCGUAGAGAAGGGUUGGAUCCGGCCGAGUAUCUCUCCUUAUGGGUCUCCAGUUCUAUUCGUACCUAAGAAGAAGGAGGGUACUCUUAGGAUGUGCAUUGACUAUAGGGGCCUUAAUGCCAUCACUGUAAAGAAUAGAGAGCCCCUACCGCGCAUCGACGAUCUGCUAGAUAGAGUGCAAGGGUGCCGAUACUUCAGCAAGAUAGAUCUGAAAUCCGGGUACCAUCAGAUUGCAAUCCGGCCCGAGGAUCAACACAAAACCGCCUUUCAGAUCAGGUACGGUCUGUACGAGUUUGUGGUGAUGCCUUUCGGCCUUUGCAAUGCUCCUGGCACCUUUCAACACGCUAUGAAUCGGAUAUUCCAUGACUUCUUGGAUAAGUUUGUCAUCGUGUACCUCAAUGACAUACUUGUUUUUAGUAAGACGGUCGAGGAACAUGUUGCACAUUUGGACAAAGUACUCAGUCUCCUGCGACAGCACAAGUUCAAGAUCAACGGUGAGAAGUGCGAGUUUGGCCGCACCCGUGUCUUGUACUUGGGUCAUGAGAUUUCAGCGGAAGGGUUGAAGCCUGAUGACGUGAAGGUGGCCAACAUUCGUGAUUGGCCGCGUCCUCAGUCUAUGACUGAGAUGAGAUCGUUCUUAGGGAUGACCGACUACUAUCGCAACUUCGUGGAAAACUAUAACAUAGUGGCCGCACCUCUGCAUGAUCUGACCCGCCUUGACACCCCAUGGGAGUGGACUGAGAGAUGCGAGGCUGCUUUCAGACAACUGAAGCGUGUGUUGACGCAUUACGAAGUCCUGAAACUUCCUGAUCCUGAUAAGUCAUUCAUAGUGACUACGGAUGCUAGCCAAUAUGGCAUAGGCGCCGUACUUGCACAACAGGAGGGGAAAAAGCUGAGGCCAGUAGAGUACAUGUCCAAAAAGAUGCCCUCUCAAGAGUUGGCAAAGUCCACCUAUAAGAAGGAACUUUAUGCGGUGUGCAAGGCUCUGACCCAUUGGAGACACUAUCUCCUUGGGAGGUUCUUUAUCCUCAGGAUUGAUCAUCUGACCCUGAGAUGCAUGAGAACACAGCCGGUACUCUCUGACGCUCUCAAGCGUUGGAUCGAAGUCAUAGAGCAGUAUGACAUCGAGCCCCAGUACAUCAAAGGCGAGUACAACAAGAUUGUUGAUGCCUUGUCGCGCAGACCUGACUUCUCAGGUGUGUUAUGACCGUGGCCAAUUGCGAGAUACACAUCCACUGAGAAGUACAAUGCCAUCCAAUUGCAGAAAGAAAUGAAUGAACUUGAGAGGA